AACUUUUUUGCCUUUAACAACGCUGCUGGCGGCUGCAUGCACAGAAAAGGCUGCUGAGCACUUGUUCAUAACUCACACGAAUCGGGCCAAACGAAAAAACUGCUGGUUGAUUCGCGUCGGAAGCCAAAACAGGACCACUUGCGCAGCAGCGCAGUUUCAUUGCCAAAAAUGCCAGCAGCCUUCAGCUCCCCGCGCAGCGGCGCGCCCCUAACGACCAAGUCCUUACGCAACGCCGACCUCGGCCGCCUGACGGCGACGACGCGGCGAUCCAAAGCGGCGCCGGCGGCCACCAGCGAGCGCCGCGAGCAGCAGUUGCGGGCCGCGCUCGCAACGGCGCGCCAGGAGGCGGCCUCCGCGCGCGCCGCCGCGCGCGUCUGCGCCGAGGCCCUCGUCCAGGCCGAGCGGACUAAUGGGGCGCCCGGCACGGCCACGAAAACCCUAUUAGCGGCGGCGCAGGAGGCCGACGCGACGAGAGAGACCCAGCAGGCGUCGAAGGACGCCCAAGACAAGCUGAAGCGGCGCCAGAAAGAAUUAAGGGAGGAGCUCGCCCGGGCCCGGGACGAGACGGCGCAGUUACAGCAACACGCCGCCGAGGCUUUGAGGAGGGACAAGUCAUAUGAGGACAAAUGUAAAGCAGCGGACGCGUCCUUCGCCGCCGUGUCGAACCGCGUGGCGCAGCUGGACCGCGAGAACGCGCGCUGCGUGUCGCAAGCCAAAAGAGCUUUGGCCUCCGCGGGCGAAGUCGCUAGAAGGAUGGCGCGCGCCGAGGCGGCCGUCGCGGAGCACCAGGCUAGGGCGGACCGCGCCGAGGCGGAAGCUGCCGAAUUAAGAGCCAAACGGAGUUCUGGUAACGCCGAGCGCCAGCUCAAGGAGGCUUGUCGACGGGCGGAGCAGGCGUCUUCCCGUGCAUCGUCGGCGACGGCGCGGGCGGAGGCCGCGGAGAAGCGCGCGAAGGCGCUGGAGGACCGCGUGAACGCGGCGGAGCGCAAGGCCUCGUCGUCGCGCGAGGCCGAGGUCGCCGCGGAAAAGCGCGCCGAGGCCGCGAACGAGGCCGAGGCGACGGCCGCGACGAAGUGCGCUUCUCUGGAGGCGGAUCUGGACGCACUGCGGGGCCAGGCGGAGCGUGGCCAGGCGGCGCUCAUGGGCGAACUCGACGAGUUACGGGCGGCGCGCGAGCGCGCGGAAAGCGAUGCAGGCGCGGUGAGCGGUACUCUCGAUAAUUUACGAAAGGAGCUCGAGGCGGCGAACCAGCGCGCUCGUCAAGCGGAGCUCGCGGCGUCGGCCGCCGACGCGCGCGCCGCCGUCGCUGCCGAGAGCCGCGUCGUCCGCGUCGCCUCGGCGCAGCCCUCGUCGACGCUGCCGGCGACGCGCGGUAGUGAAUUAUUAAGGUGGCGCGCGCGCGUUGCGUUAGAUGCGACGGGCGUUGGCGUUUCGCUGAAGGACGGCGACUCAUUAACAUUGGCCGAGGCGCGCGACGCCGCUUAUGAGGCGGGCCUGCGAGCGGGUGACGUGGUCUUGGAAAUCAACGGCGCCCCCGCGACGACGGCGACGGCCGCGAAGGCCACCGUGGCUCAAGCCAGGGACAGUGGCGCGCCGACCGUCGAGUUCGUGGUCGAGCGGCGCCGGCCCUGGCCCGACGUCGAGGGUCUCGAGCGGGACUUGGUCGAUGCCAAAACGAGGCUGGCCCAGGCGGUGUUGGAGCACGGCCGCCGCGACGCGCAGAAGGUGAGCGAGGACGCGCAGGGCUUCAUCGACCGCGAGGCGUUGGAACGGGAGCUCGUGGAGGCCAAGACGCGGCUUGCGCAGCUUGCGCUGGAGAACGCGUCUGGCGGUGGCGAGCGCGUCGCGGCGCUCGAGAAGGAACUAGCUGCGUCGCGCUCUGAUAGGGAGAGGGCGCUCGAGGCCGAGCUCGCGAAGACGAAAACCGCUCUCGAUAGUGCCGUCCUCGCCGCGCGGACGCUCGGCGAGCAGCACGACGCGUCUCUUAAAAGAGAGGCGUCCCGCGAGGACCUGUCGAGCGACGCCGUCGCGCGGUCGGAGCUGUUGGAGCGCGAGUUGGUCGAUGCGAAGAUGAAAUUGGCGCAGACCGCUAUGGAGUUGGGGGAACUGCGGAUGGCGCGCUCGGCGACGCCUCCGCCGCCUGCUGCGGCUCCGCCGAAGUCGCCGAAGCGGUCCUGGCUCAACCGGAAGAAGUAACUACUUUUGUUG